AUGUUGCGGGUUUCCCUUGUAUUGCUGUCAGUGGUGGUCUCAGCAAAAGUCCAAAAUGAUCCAGCGGGACAACAGAUUUUACUUUUCAAGGAGAAGACUAAGGUUAACCUGAUAAAGGGACCAAUCGGCGUUAUGACAACCAGCGCUGGCGCCCCAGUCGAAUAUAAAGAUGCGACCGUUACCCUCAAUUCGAAUCUUAUUUUCAACGAAUACUUUAUGGACUCACUAACCCAUCUAGUCCGCGAGAGGAUACCCGAGCGUCUCGUUCACGCGAAAGCCGGUGGGGCGUUUGGCUACUUCGAAGUCACCCAUGACAUCAGUCACAUUUGCAAAGCCAAGAUGUUCUCCGCAGUCGGGAAGAGGACCCCUGUGGCAGCGAGAUUCUCGCCUGUCGUAGUCGAAAGGGGUGGCAUCGACACCUCUAGGGACGCCAGGGGCUUCGCCGUCAAAUUCUACACCGAAGAGGGCAACUUCGACAUCGUUGGCUUCAACACGCCUAUGUACGUGUACAAAGACCCGCUGCUUUUCACGACCUUCGUCAGAGCGCAGAAACGGAACCCGGCUACGAACCUAAUCGACGGUAAUACGCUGUGGGACUUCUUGACUCUGCGGCCUGAGAGUCUACAUAUGUUCCUUCUGGUGUUCGCCGAUCGGGGAAUCCCCGACGGAUACCGUCAUAUGCCGGGCUUCGGAAUACACACUUAUGAAGUUGUGAACGAACACGGCGAGAAGAGUUUCGUUAGAUUCCAUUUUACACCAACCGCUGGUAUAAAGAAUCUAAGGUCGCAGGAAGCGAGGAAGAUUGCCGCCGUCGAUCCCGACUACGCUACCAGAGACCUUUACAGGGCCAUUGGCAAUGGGCAAUUUCCAAGUUGGAAAGUAAGCGUUCAGGUGUUAUCUUUAAAUGACGUCAAAAGUGCAGGUUUCGAUGUAUUUGAUGUGACCAAAGUGUUACCCUUAGAUGAUUAUCCAUUGAGGCCGGUCGGUAUGUUCGUUUUGAAUAAAAACCCAAUCAACUAUUUCGCCGAAAUAGAACAAUUAGCCUACAGUCCGGCUAAUCUAGUGCCUGGCAUUCUGGGCGGUCCUGAUAAAGUUUUCGAAGCCCGCCGUUUGGCCUAUCGCGACGCGCAAUACUACAGGCUCGGUGCAAACUUCAACAAGAUCCCCGUAAACUGUCCCGUUCAAGUGAAAGUUUUGGCUUACAAUCGCGACGGACGGCCGCCGGUGAAAGACAACGGAAGGGACACACCGAACUACUACCCCAACUCUUACAACGGCGCUGAAGCUUACGUGGAUAAGAGGAGAGCUGAGUUGAUCGAAAUAUUCCAAGACGAUCCAAACAACUUCCAGCAAGCGACAGAGUUGUACGUAAACGAAAUGACUAAGGACGAGCGCAGCCGUCUCGUGGAGAACAUACUUUAUAGCUUAGGAGGCGCAGCGCAAUUCUUGCAGGAGAGAGCUGUGAAGCUCUUCACCAUCAUACACUCCGAUUUAGGAAACCGCAUAGCCGAAGGCUUAGCAGCCAACAGAACUAAACAUUAUUAUGAUGACAUAGACGGAUUGUUCAACUAUGAG